GUAUUAAAAAUUGUCGAUUAAUUUUUAUCGGAUAAUUCAUUGUAUUUUUACAAUUUAUCUUGUAUUUUUGAAUGAUACUUGUUCCUCGGUAAUUAGAGGGGAUCAAGUGUUUAAGUGAAUUGUGUAAAAUAUGAAGGGGAAAUUGUAUCGAUAGAUGGAGAAAUGAUUAUUCCUGUCUGGAGGUCAAAGAGAGACUGAUAAUUAUCGAGAGUUCUCCCUGUCAUUGAAUUAAAUAUUUAUCACCGCAAUUUGCAGAAGUCUGUCGGUUUUUCCCACGAUUGAAUUCAUUGUAAUUGUCGUAAUUGUCAUAAUUUCGUUGAGUUUGUGAAGGAAGACAGGUGGAAGGCACCAGUCUGGUGAUAGAUAUGAUGGCGAUAACUCGAGAUAUCAACAAUUUCGUUGGGAUUAAUACAAAAAUAUUGCGACUUGUUGGACUUUAUCCAAAAAAUUACAACAGAUACAUCAGCUGUGUAUUUUUUAUGAGUCUCAUUAUUCUCCCUGAAGUACUCGAGAUUUAUUAUCAUCGAAAUAAUUUCGAUGUUGUCCUGGAGACGAGUUCUGUUCUUAUGACGAUUGUUUUCGCUAUUUUUAAAUCGAGUAUUUGGAUGACGAGGGGAGAUACUGAAUAUUUCGUGGAUUUUCUUGUGAAUGAUUAUUGGAGAAUUGCCAAUCGUCUUGGAGAUCCGGAGGACAUCCGCAAAUUUGCUAAAUUGGCGAAGAUAAUCACUGUGAGCUAUUCCUUCCUGAUUUGCAAUUCCCUUUUAUUUUUUUACAGCCUUCCUCUUCUCACUCCCUUCCUGAAUUCAAAUGAUACAAGAUUGCGAGUUCCUUUCGUCGCGACGUACCCCGAAUUCUGUUAUCAUUCACCAGCUUAUGAAAUUGUUUAUUUAUCGCAAUUACUGGCGACAUCCACUUGUGGUUUAAUUAUCCUGGGGACUGAUACGUUAAUUGCAACAGCUUUAUUGCACACGUGCGGCCAUUUUGCUAUUAUCGAGAGGAAUAUCUCGAGAUUGAAUUUUUUUGAGUCUGUGGAGAAUUGGGAGCCGCGGGUCAAGAUGAUUAUUAGACAUCACCAAGUCGUCAUCAGAUUCUCGGAUCGUCUGGAGGUUCUCUUCAAUCCUCUGAUGUUUCUUCAAGUAUUCGCUAGUACUUUGAUCAUUUGUCUUGUUGGAUUUCAAGCGCAAACGGGAAAAGUUGAUAAAUUCCCUCAAUACUGUUCCUACAUGAUGGUGGCACUCUUCCAACUCCUCUUAUUCUGCUGGCCAGGCGAUAAAUUGAUAACUCAGAGCCUCGGGGUGAGCACAGCAACAAUUAUAUCAAAUUGGUAUGCUGCCCCGUAUCAUCUCCGAAGAGAUCUUCAAUUUAUAAUUCUUCGAUCUCAAAAACCGAAUUUUCUCUCAGCGGGAAAAUUGAGUUCGAUGAAUCUGGAGAAUUUCUGCGCAAUCCUGAGUUCAUCCCUCUCGUAUUUUAUGCUCCUCCGUAGUGUCUCCGAAAAUUAACAUAAAACAAGAACUAUAUCUCUAACUCCCAAUAAUUCUCUUUCUAUCCUUCAAAAAAUCCAUAGAAAAAUUCUAUAAAAUUGCAAUAGACUUUUCUAAUAAAUUCCCAGGAUGUCCAAAUUUUCGCAAUAAUUUCCCACAAAGGGAAUUAAAUAAAAAUCAAUAUUUUUUUUCAAA